ACCUUUGUUUACCUAACAUCUGGCAUAGCCUGAAGAGUCUUUUCGCUGCUCCAGUUAAAGGAUUUCCCCAACAAAACCAGCAGCUAAAUGAGAUCAUGAUUUUAGAAGGAACUGGCAGAAUGAGUCUUAAUUCCGUCACAAGUCUCCUCCAUGAGCAGUCGUCCUGGACAGAUGGAUAUCCCACAUGUAAUGCAUCGGGCAGUUUUUUUGGGACUCAGUGGCAUGAAAUCCAUCCUCAGUAUUGGACCAAGUAUCAGGUCUGGGAAUGGCUCCAGCAUCUCUUGGACACCAACCAGCUCGAUGCCAACUGUAUCCCUUUCCAGGAGUUUGAUAUCAGCGGCGAACACCUGUGUAACAUGACUUUGCAAGAUUUCACCCGGGCAGCUGGCACAGCUGGGCAGCUUCUUUAUAGUAACCUUCAUCAUCUGAAGUGGAAUGGUCAAUGUGGAAGUGAAAUGUACCCAUCACACAAUGUCAAUGUUAAGGCAGAACAAACAGAUCCAUCCGUAAUGGCAUCCUGGAAAGAAGAGAAUUAUUUCUAUGAUAGUGGAUAUGGUGGCACAGUAGAAUUAGUGGACAGCAAAGCCUAUUGUCGAGCACAGAUUUCAAUCAAUGCUACUAAUCAUCAGGCGAUUGAAGAUUCUUCAGAUGUGAAAAAGAUACAAGAUCAUCCUCCAAAAUCACAAAAGAAACACACUCCUCGAGGGACUCACUUGUGGGAAUUUAUCCGAGACAUUCUCCUGCAUCCAGAGAAGAAUCCAGGCUUGAUAAAAUGGGAGGACCGGUCUGAAGGCAUCUUCAGAUUCUUAAAAUCUGAGGCUGUGGCUCAGCUAUGGGGAAAGAAGAAGAACAAUAGCAGCAUGACUUAUGAGAAACUCAGCCGUGCCAUGAGAUAUUAUUACAAAAGAGAAAUUCUCGAGCGUGUAGAUGGUCGGAGACUGGUAUAUAAAUUUGGAAAGAAUGCUCGUGGCUGGAGAGAAAAUGAGAACUAAAGGCAACUUAAAGCAAUAACAACUGUACAAACUGUAACAGGAGCUUCUAGUGGAUGUAAAUAUUUCAAAGACUAUUUUCUUCUAUUUAUGUACAAAGAUUGUGGGGUGGGGGGAGGCAGAAAUCUGCUUCUAAGGGGAAGAAGGAACACUAUUGUUUGUUGAUGUUAACGUUAUUUUAUUUGAAGUAUGUCCUUCAGAUGUACAAUUUUCUGUGAUUUAUGAUACUGCUGUGCUGUAUGGUUGUGUUUGGGGAUUUGUUUGGGGCUAUGUUUGCCUUUCUUGUGAAGACUUUUAAAAAUGUAUUCCGGGAGAAAUGUGAUUUAUAACAAUGCUGUGAGAGAUGUAUGUAAUGGGAGGAAAUCACAGGGCAUUACUUUUUUUUAGGAGGCUGAAAAUGAGGUCUGUUCCUUCUGCACAUGAAAGAAAUGAGGAUUUAUCUAUAUCCUUGACCCCGGGGAAGGGUUGUAUGAGGUGAUCUGCCCACUCAAAUCAUGUGUCUCUUUUUAAAGCUGGC